AUGACGCCCGAAGAAGAGCGCCAAGCUGCCCUCAACUCGUACCGGGCCAAGCUCAUCGAAUCCCGCGAGUGGGAGACCAAGCUCAAGACUCUCAGGCUGGAAAUAAAGGAGUUGCAGAGAGAGUUCGACCGGACCGAGGACAACAUCAAGGCUCUGCAGAGCGUGGGACAGAUUAUCGGCGAGGUGCUGAAGCAGCUCGACGAGGAGAGAUUCAUCGUCAAGGCAUCAUCCGGACCUCGAUAUGUCGUCGGUUGCCGAUCCAAGGUGGACAAGGCCAAGAUGAAGCAAGGCACACGUGUAGCGCUUGACAUGACGACACUCACAAUCAUGAGGAUGCUCCCCCGCGAGGUUGACCCUCUCGUCUACAACAUGUCGCUUGAGGAUCCCGGACAGGUCAGCUUUGCUGGCAUCGGAGGUCUGAACGACCAGAUCCGCGAGCUGCGCGAGGUCAUCGAGUUGCCGCUCAAGAACCCCGAGCUCUUCCUGCGUGUCGGCAUCAAGCCUCCCAAGGGCGUCCUGCUCUACGGGCCUCCGGGAACGGGCAAAACUCUGCUCGCGAGGGCUGUGGCCAGUGGUCUGGAGACCAACUUUCUCAAGGUCGUCUCAUCGGCCAUCGUCGACAAGUAUAUUGGAGAGUCGGCAAGGCUGAUUCGCGAAAUGUUUGGCUACGCCAAGGAGCACGAGCCCUGCAUCAUCUUCAUGGACGAGAUCGACGCCAUCGGCGGCCGCCGCUUCUCCGAGGGCACUAGUGCCGACCGCGAGAUCCAGCGCACGCUCAUGGAGCUGCUCAACCAGCUCGACGGCUUCGACUACCUCGGCAAGACCAAGAUCAUCAUGGCCACCAACCGACCCGACACGCUGGACCCGGCGCUGCUGCGCGCCGGUCGUCUGGACCGCAAGAUCGAGAUCCCGCUGCCCAACGAGGUCGGUCGGCUGGAGAUUCUCAAGAUCCACGCCGCCGGCGUCGUGGCGGACGGAGACAUUGACUUUGAGAGCGUCGUCAAGAUGAGCGAUGGACUCAACGGUGCGGAUCUGAGGAAUGUGGUGACGGAAGCUGGCCUCUUUGCCAUCAAGGACUACCGCGAUUCCAUAAGCCAAGACGACUUCAACGGCGCGGUACGCAAGGUGGCCGAAUCCAAGAAGCUCGAGGGUAAGCUCGAGUACGAGAAGCUGUAA